AUGAGCUCAAAGAAGUGUGCUCGUGAAGAAUGCGGGAAGACAGUCUACCCCUUAGAAGAACUCAAAUGUCUAGACAAGGUAUGGCAUAAGCAGUGUUUCAAGUGCACUGUAUGUGGUAUGACGCUCAAUAUGAAGAACUAUAAGGGUUAUGACAAGAUGCCUUACUGCGAACCACACUACCCGAAAACUGUUGCCUCUGUCGUGACGGAUACUCCCGAAAUGAGACGUGUAGCCGAGAAUACGAAAAAUCAAAGUCAAGUCCAGUAUCAUGCCGCCUAUGAAAAAACUAAGGGCACAAAAAUCGAGAUAGCUGACGAUCCAGAGAUGGAACGACAUCGGAAAAAUAUGCAUGCACAAUCACAAAUUGCCUAUAGUGGAGAGUUAGACAAAAAGAAAAAAAUGGAAGAAAUUCGCCCAGCAUUCGCACCUGCUGAAGCAGCCGUGCAACAACCGCAGGAGCAACGUGUCGUAGGCAGUAUCGCAGACUAUGAUCCUUUGAAUGGAAGUUGGGGUACCGCGGUGCAGUCCCGAACCAGUGAGAAAAUCAUCCCGGAGGUCCGGUACUGUGUCGAUUUUACAGAAGGAGUGAGUGGUCGGAGCGUGCCAUCUGCUGUGUCUCCAGCGAAGUCUCAAGUUAAGAGUGGUGGAGGUGAAUUUGUUGUGAAAGCCAUGUACGAUUACACUGCUGCUGACAAAGAUGAGGUUUCUUUUUUGGAAGGCGACAUUAUUGUGAACUGUGAGAAGGUUGAUGAUGGCUGGAUGACUGGGACUGUUCAGCGCACUUUAGAAUGGGGAAUGCUUCCGGCGAACUAUGUGCAACCGCACAAAUUACCAACUGGAUUGGCUAGAAUUAAGUAG